AUGGAGAAGCAGGAAGAGCUCUUACACCAUAGGGACCAGCUCCCUUCCUCUACGACUCCAAACACUCCGCAACGCCGCCGCGUUGUUCCGCGACUGGUCGGCCUCCUCGGCAUCAUCUCGUGCCUUUGGCUGACUCUCCACUGGCUUCCCGUCGCAUAUCCCACGUUUAGAAUAUCCCCAUGUCACCAGCAUACUCGGCCGGCGCAUGAUGAGCUCUCUCCCAAUGGCGGAAAGGCCGCUACGAAUCAGGCCUCGACGGAGUCAGAACGAGUACCAUUCGAGGCUCACAUCAUGAGCAAAUGCCCUGAUGCACAUGAUUGCAUACGGGAGCUUGUUGUACCGACUAUGGAGAGAGUCAGCGAUAAGGUGGAUUUUAAGCUUUCGUUUAUCGCGACCGUGUCGAAUGAGUCCUCAGAUGUUGUCUGCAUGCAUGGCCCCGGCGAAUGCAUUGGGGACAUGCUCAUGCUCUGCGCUGCGAAUCUUCCUUUCCAACCGGAAGACGCUCCCGCCCAAAGUCAAACACCCACCGUUCGAUAUCUCGGGUUCGCAACUUGUCUUAUCAGCUCGUACCAAGACAUUCCGGACAGACCGCUGGUCGAGCAGUGUGCGCUGGAGCAUGGUAUCGACUUCGAUGCCCUGAACGAAUGUGUCAGCCAGCAAGAUGAUGACCCCAAUAAACCUACCCAGGACGGACCGUUGAGCGGCAUCCGUCUUCUCCGGGAGAGUGCGCGCCAUAGUGCGGAUCUUGGUGUAAGGACGAGCUGCACUGUUCGCCUUGACGAAAAAGUAUGGUGUGUCCGAGACGGCGGCACCUGGAAAGACUGUGCGAAAGAAGGCGAGGGAAGCAAAGUCGACAUACUUGUCGAUGAGAUUGAGAAGCUCUGGGGGCAGAGAAACUGA